AUGACUUUGGCAAGAGACGCGGAGUGGAAACUCGACAGUUUGACGCUCGACUCAACUGUGCGCGGAACGGUGGCGAGACUUUAAACAGAAAGAGAAAAGCGCACGGCCAUUUGAGACAAUGGACAAAAUAGCUGUUAAAUUAAAACGAUUUUCGCCACAUUUAACGUGAUUCCGUUUGUUGUAAGUGUUAUAAUUAGCUGCGCAACGGCUUUUGGUUUGUCAGAGAAGAAUAAUGGAGCGCGGAGACCACAGUCCAGAGCUCAACGAACCAAAACCGCCAUCCAAAGCCAUUCAGGAACCCAUACGAUUUGGGAUCGACCGGAUUCUGGGCUCCUUUGAUGCGGAAAGCAGUCGUGCGCACGGCGGAAACACUGUGGAUAACGGUGGUCCUGAUAACAGUCGCCUUGGAAGCCCAAAUAAAGCGAGCGUUGCUCCUCAUGCCGCUUUGCCCGUCUCUCUCUCAGGGAUCACGGGCUCACUAGAGGAUUCCGGGCGGAUGUUUGGAAUGAGCGGAACUUUUGUGCCCAACGGGGUCAUUCGGGUUCCGGCGCACAGACCUCUGACUGCCUCUGUACCGCCGUCCAUGGUGAGCGCAGUACCGACACUGGGAAGUCUGUGUUUCCCGUGGAUGGACAAUAAUCGCAGGUUCUCCAAAGAGAGACUGCCAGCUCUUAUUCCCUUUGCGGUGACCCGGCGGAUUGGUCACCCGUAUCAGAACCGAACUCCGCCGAAACGCAAAAAGCCCCGCACGUCGUUCUCUCGUGUUCAGAUCUGUGAGUUGGAAAAACGCUUUCACCGACAGAAAUAUCUUGCCAGUGCGGAGCGCGCAUCCCUCGCCAAGAGCCUGAAGAUGACGGACGCGCAGGUGAAAACCUGGUUCCAGAACCGCCGGACCAAGUGGAGAAGGCAAACAGCAGAGGAAAGAGAGGCAGGCCGCCAACAAGCCAAUCGGAUGCUGCUUCAGCUUCAGGCUGACGCCCUCCAGAAGUCCAUAAGUGAAUCGGUGUCCUCGGAUCCUCUGUGUGUGCACAACACUUCCCUCUUUGCCCUCCAGAACCUCCAGCCUUGGGCCCAGGAGAGACCUGGUAAAAUGGUCCCGACAAGCACCACGCUGGCUUAAAGCAGCUCAUAGAUGGGUGCUGGAUACAGGACACCCCUAGAAGACACAUUCUCCGAUUCAACAAGUCCAGAGGAGCACUUCCAGAAUGUGAAGCAACUGCUAUCUGCUUUUUGAUAAAUCAUUUUAUAUGUAAAUCCUGAACAAUCCAUGCACUUUUUUUGUGGAAACAGUGAAGUGAAAGCGUUAUUGACGUCUGUAAAUACUUGCACAAAACUUCAGUGAACUAACUGGCAACAACACAGUCUUGUACAUAUCAGCUCAAGAAAGCAUCUAUGAUAAACACAAUGUACUGGUCAUACAAAAACAAAUAUGAAUCAUUUUAUGUUAUUAAAGUAAAUAACCGUCCAGCGUUUGUCCUUGUUGACAUGCUUGUGGCUGGAAGGUGAGUAAAUAUACCACAAAACAAUCAACAUUAGGCACUGACAUUUUUAUUGUUAAAUAGCAGUUUAUACAACAAGAACAAGAGGAUAUUUAAUCUCCCUGUCUGUCUGUUGGUCGGUCUGUCUGAUGUCACAUCAAAGUUUGCUUGUGUCCUGUUAGAAAAAUCUCAUUUAAUCACAGGAACAUAUUUCUCAGUCUUUUAGUUUCUAACCGCUCGGCCCUGUUUAGUUAUUUGCCCUUAACUAUAGCAUCCUGAAUCGCACCAUUAUUAAAAAAACAACAGCAUUCACUCUCAAACACACUAACACUUCUAAACACUUCGAUUUUUCAGGCAAAGUAUAAAAUAUAUAGUGCAUAAAUCAAAUAUCAUAUAACGUAUUUGAAACUUAACAUGCUGUACUGGCACAGUGAUCUUUCAUAAGCAUUAUUAUAUGAUCAAAAAAUGAUCAAUAAAAGCAAUAAAAAAGUUAUACUAUGGUUAACAGAGCAUAUUUAGGGUCUGCCGGGACUGUUUAUGAAUGUGAUAAAUCACAGCACAAGUUUUUUCAAUUGUUUUUCACAUUUUAAGGUGUUUUUGCAACCAGUUCAGUCAAUAAGAAAUCAAAACUGAUUUACAUUCUUCAAACAGUACAUGUUCCCAAUCUUAUGUGAAUGAUUUAUCUCUGCACAGUUUUCAAAAUUAAACAAACUGUUUGUUUGUUUUUUAUUUAUUUUGUAUCAAAAUGUAACAAUUUGCUCUUUCUCUGUAACAAUUUUCUUUUCUGGUCUGAUAUCAAUGAGUCAUUUAAAUGUAUCCCCUAUUCUCCAAUCACAGCACUUGUGUCUGUCCAUCAUCCAAUCUAUUUCUGAUGGAUGAAAUUAAGUCCUGGGCCUUAUGUUUUCCUCAUUAAAUAUUCAAUUUUUAAAUUAGAAAUGACUCAUGUCACAGUAUUAUAAUGGGCUUCAAACAUCAUUUCAAACUGACUUCUUUAUGUCUCAUGUUAAAUGAUAUCACAGUAAGGUGGCAUUAUGGCUGCAUUAAACAGUACUAAGUUUGGCGAUUCACAGCUUUGACACAGUAAAACACAGAGAAACAGGUUUUACACACACAGGCACACACACAAGCACACACA